AGUCAAACUCUCUCUCUCUCUCUCUCUCUCUAAACGUGUUUAUUUAUUUACGAUCAUUGAAAUAUUUUACGUUCAUGAAUGAGAAACACAAACAGAUUACACACGGCGAGAGACAGGCCGACAGAGUCAGAACACUUUUCUUGCCCUGCACUGGCGAAAAAUAACACGGUCUCUCGCUCUCAUCUAUUGACUAAAGUUCUUGUUUUCGAUCGAUAUAUAGAGUUGAGUUUAUGCAUGUAUGUUUCAAACAUCACACUCCAGUCUUCUCUGUUAUUACGAAUUUAAAGUUUUAUUGAAUCCACCCUUCCCCCAUCAAACACGUUACUGCGUUUCGUAGUUAAUUGGGGAAAAAACAAGAAAAAGGAUUGAGUCAUAGUUCUUGGGUUCAUCAUCUGCAUGGAAUCCUUCUCUCCUUUACCCUGAAAAUAGCCGUGAAUUUGUAGAGAAAAGAAUAGAUAAAUAACUGCACCAUGCACUCAGCGAAUCACUGGGGAGGGUCUUUUGAGAUAACUAACGUAGACGUGCCGGCGUCGGGAGAGUACGACCGGAGCCGUAGCUCGGAAUGGGACGCUGCAGCUCUGUACCAUCAUCAGCAUCUGGAUGAAACCCAACAAAGCUGGCUGUUGGGGCCACCAGAGAAGAAGAAGAACAGGUACGUGGACUUUGGGUGCAUUGUUAUUAGCCGUAAGGCCCUGAAAUGGAUAUUGGGGUCUUUUCUCUUGGCUUUUGUCGUCAUUGCAGUCCCUAUCAUCAUCGCCAAGUCCUUGCCCAAGCACAAACCCCAUUCUCGCCCUCCUGACAAUUACUCGGUUGCUCUCCAGAAAGCCCUCCUCUUCUUCAAUGCUCAGAAAUCUGGAAAAUUGCCUAAACAGAAUGGCAUUGCCUGGAGAGGAAAUUCAGGGCUAAGUGAUGGGAAGAAUGAUACUGAUCUGAAGGUGGGGCUUGUUGGAGGAUACUACGAUGCCGGAGACAAUAGUAAGUUUCACUUUCCAAUGGCUUAUGCCAUGACAAUGCUAAGCUGGAGUGUGAUUGAAUACCGUCACAAAUAUGAGACCAUUGGCAACUAUGAUCAUGUUCGGGAACUCAUUAAGUGGGGCACUGAUUACUUGCUCCUAACCUUCAAUUCCUCUGCAACCAAAAUUGAUAAGAUUUAUUGCCAGGUUGGUGGACAUCAGAAUGGCUCUAUGACACCAGAUGAUCACAACUGCUGGCAAAAACCAGAACAAAUGGAGUAUCCACGGCCUACACAAAUUUGCAGUGCAGGACCCGAUCUUGCUGGAGAAAUGGCAGCCGCCUUGGCUGCAGCCUCUAUAGUUUUUCGGGAAAAUGAUGCCUACUCCAAGAAGCUUAUCAAAGGUGCCGAAACCCUCUUUGCCUUCGCAAGGGACGGUGGAAGACGGAGGACAUAUAGUCGUGGAAAUCCUUAUAUUGCUCCUUAUUACAACUCCACCGGCUACUACGAUGAGUACAUGUGGGGUGGCGCUUGGUUGUACUAUGCCACAGGAAACAAUACCUAUCUUUCACUGGCUACAAACCCUGGGAUCCCUAAGAACUCUAAAGCAUUUUACAUGAUUCCAGACUUGAGUGUGCUAAGUUGGGAUAACAAGUUACCAGCAGCCAUGCUGUUGUUGACAAGGCUCAGGAUAUUCCUGAACCCUGGCUACCCUUACGAGGAGAUGCUGCAGAUGUAUCAUAAUGUGACAGGUCUUAACAUGUGCUCUUAUCUUCAAUCCUUCCAUGUCUUCAACUGGACUAGUGGGGGACUGAUCAUGGUGAACCGUGGACGGCCGCAGCCUCUGCAGUAUGUGGCCAAUACUGCUUUCUUGGCAUCACUAUUUGUUGAUUACAUGAAUGCCACAGGUGUUCCAGGAUGGAAUUGUGGCCCCAAUUUUAUUUCAUCCAAUGUUCUUCGAAGUUUCGCCACCUCCCAGAUGGACUAUAUCCUAGGUAAAAACCCCAUGAACAUGAGCUAUGUGGUAGGAUAUGGCACCAAGUUCCCUAGACAUGUUCAUCACCGGGGUGCAUCAACACCAAAUGAUCACAAAUAUUAUUCAUGCAAAGAAGGAUGGAAAUGGCAGGACAGCAAGAAUCCCAAUCCCAACAACAUUACAGGAGCCAUGGUUGGGGGACCUAAUCAGUUUGACCAGUUCCGUGAUGUGCGCACCAGUUAUAAUUACACUGAGCCAACUCUGGCCGGAAAUGCUGGACUGGUUGCUGCACUUGUAUCCCUGACCAGCACUGCCCGCAAUGGCCUUGAUGUCAAUACCAUAUUUUCGGCAGUUCCUCCACUCUCCCCACGAAACCCACCUCCCCCUCCACCUUGGAAGCCAUGAUCCGAAGAUGCAAAUAAUCCUGUUGUAGAUUCUUGUUUUAAAGUUUUAUUCUGCAGCAACCUCCUUUUGUUGUACAAAACUUCUGUUUUGCCGAUUCACAAUAGAUUUAUGAGUACACACUCUCUUCCCCUUUUUUUUUUUCAUGGAUAGUUGACGGUGUUCUUCCAAUCUAAAA